AUGGUGAAAAAGUACAGCAAAAACUUGGAGCUUCGCCUCAGUAGCCGCCACGGUCCCAAAAAGCACGCGGCAGCGGAGCACUCGGAGCUCUCAGCUGACCCUUCCCUGCUCCAACGCCAAGGCCGAAGGGAUGCGCUGCACAGCCGAGGGGAGGGCGAUGACAAGCCGAAGGGUGCCCUUGGCUUCGGCGCAACGGAUUAUGUCCCCCAAGUGCACAAGCUCAUCACGCAGUUCAGCGGAGUGGAGACAGACUCCGGCUCCUGCCUAGCCUUUGCCCCAAGCAUUCGAGGAGGACCCGGAAACACGGUUCUGCCGAGGGAUUGGCAGACACCGGGCCAGCAAAGCGACAGUGUGCCAGAGGAGUUCAUCAAGUUGGAGCCUUGGGCUGUUCCGUGUACCAACGAGUGGAUGAAGGACAACCCAAGCAAGUGGGAAGGAUAUUCCUUCUACACCUGGGAAUCGCCGGUGGAAAGGUGUGCCACUGUUGUGUACAGUUUGUCACUUCAGCCUGUCAUCGCCUUUGUUGGCGGCUUGGAGUUCGACAUCAUGCCUGCACCCAUAGCCGAGGUGGAGACCUUGGUCUGCUGGCCAGAGACCCAGCCUGGCGGUGAGGGGCCGAGUGUGGACCUCAGCGCCAUAGAAAUGCACAUCAAGUCGGGCGGAGUGCCGCUGCUAACGAGAACGCUUCGCUUGAAGAAGCGCUUCGGGUCCGGAAAUGCUGACUUCAGUGGUGAGAACAUCAAAGCGACGACGGCCAGCGGGAAGCUGAACUUCGGUGUGCCCGAGGAUGGCGCCGAUGACUCGGGCCUGAAUGCCAUGUCCAGGGAGUCUUUGCUUGAGGCCAACUCGAGUCGAGGUCGCCCGGAGGGCUUCGCUGGCUUCGAGGUUGAGCAGACGGGCUUUCUGGCCUCCAUGGUGUACGACAUGCUGUCGGGACCCAAUGUCACCGGCUCUUGGCAUGGUGCAGAGGCAGCCAAGAGGCUUCGACCGCUCUUUCCGAAGGACUCCGCCGGCACAUCCUUCGUGGAGUCGCAGCAAGACGAGCAUGUCCUCUUUUCGCUGACCAGCCCAAACAGUGGGCUGGUUGGCUUCGAGACCUACGGCCUCUUGAGCAACAGCAAGUUGCAGUUGGGUGUGCAGCUGCAGCCUGGCCUGACUCAGGGUCUCUGA